UGUUGGGGGGGCAGGAUGGCAGGAUGGGCAUGUGGAGAUCCUCCCAUCCUGGGGCUCAGUGUGGACCUGGGUCCUGGGGCAACAUUUCUUUGCCCUAUGCCACCACCCUGGAGGGGCAGAGUAAGGUCAGCAGAGGCCAGGGUGGCUAUGACUCAGAGCCACGGCUUAGGAGUCACAGCAGGCUAGGCUGCCAACAGCCUCCCAUGGCCUCUCUGCACCCCGCCUCAGGGUCAGGGUCAGGGUCAUGCUGGGAGCUCCCUUUCCUAGGACCCUUCCCCCAAAAGUGGGCUCUAUGGCCCUCUCCCCUGGUUUCCUGCGGACUGGGGCAAGCCAAGAGGGCCAGUGUGGGGCAGCUGCCAGGGGCGCAGCCGACAGGCAGGUGUUCGGCGCCAGCCUCUCCAGCUGCCCCAACAGGUGCCCAGGCGCUGGGAGGGCAAUGACUCACGCGGGCUCUGGGGGAGAACCAGCUUUGCAGACAGGCACCAUCAACGCCCCUCCUCUGUGAUCCAGGAGGGACAACUUUGGGUUCUUCUGGGUGUGCCUCCUUCUUUUGUAGGUUCUGCGCCCACCCCCACCCCCAGCCGCAAAGUCUCGGUCCCUAUGAGCCGUGUGGGUCAGCCACCAUUCCCGCCACCACGGGUCCCUGCGUCCUUUAGUUCUCCUGGCCCAGGGCCUCCAACCUUCCAGCUGUCCCACAAAACCCCUUCUUGCAAGGGCUUUCCAGGGCCUGGGGCCAGGGCUGGAAGGAGGAUGCUUCCGCUUCUGCCAGCUGCCUUGUCUGCCCACCUCCUCCCCAAGCCCAGGACUCGGGCUCACUGGUCACUGGUUUCUUUCAUUCCCAGCACCCUGCCCCUCUGGCCCUCAGCGACUGGUGCUUGGUCUUUGGCCUGUGUGUGACAAAGUGUGUGACACUUGUUUCCUGUUUCUCCACCUUCCCCUGCUUCUUCUUGUGUCCAUCUCUUUCUGACCCAGGCUUGGUUCUUCUCCCUCCUCCUCCCAUUUCACAGAUGGGAAGGUGGAGGCCAAGAGGGGCCAGGCCAUUCAGCCUCUGGAAAAACCUUCUCCCAACCUCCCACAGCCCCUAAUGACUCUCCUGGCCUCCCUUUAGCAGAGGAUGUUGGGCUGGCAGGGUAAACUGAGACCGGGCGGGGUAGGGGUCUGGCACUCCCGGGAGGAGCACUCCUUUUGUGGCCCGAGCUGCAUCUUGCGGCCCCUCCCCUGCCAGGCCUGGGGCGGGGGAGGGGGCCAGGGUUCCUGCUGCCUUAAAAGGGCUCAAUGUCUUGGCUCUCUCCUCCCUCCCCCGUCCUCAGCCCUGGCUGGUUUGUCCCUGCUGGCCCACUCUCCCGGAACCCCCCUGGAACCCCUCUCUUUCCUCCAGAACCCACUGUCUCCUCUCCUUCCCUCCCCUCCUACACCCAUCCCUCUCUCCAUCCUGCCUCCACUUCUUCCACCCCCCAGGAGUCCAGGCCUUCUUGUCCCCACAGUCCCUGAGCCACAAGCCUCCACCCCAGCUGGUCCCCUACCCAGGCUGCCCUGUUUAACAUUCCUAGUCAUAGGACGUUGACUUCCCAGAGGCCUGAUUGUCAUCUGUAAAUAAGGCGUAGGACUAAAGCACUCCUCCUGGAGGACUGAGAGAUGGGCUGGACCAGAGCACUUGAGUCUGGGAUGUGUGACCAUGCUAGCUUUGUCUCCCUGUCCUGUUCCUUCCCCCAGCCCCAAAUCCAGGGUUUCCCAAAGUGUGGUUCAAGAACCACCUGCAUCUGAAUCUAGAGGUACUGGAUACAACCCCACGUCUGGGCCAUUAUCUAGGACAUUCUACAUGAGAACAUGGGGGUGGGGCCCUGGCUGCACCUGAACUGUCACCUGGAGUCAGGGUGGAGGGCUGGAAGUCCAGGAAGGUGGAAGAACUGGGUCUUAUUUCCUUCUCCCCUUGUUCUUUAGGGUCUGCCCUUCUGCAGACCUCGUUACCCCACUGUCACCAUCCUGCACAACCUUGGAGCCCUCUGGGCCAAUGCCCUGUCCCGCAAAGGGCUUCUCAGGCAUCUCACCUCUACGGGAGGGCAGUUUUGGUCCCCAGAACCUUACACAGUGUUUAUGUGGGGAGGCCCUUGGGAAGCAGACAGUCCUAGGGUGAAGCUGAGAGGCAGAGAGAAGGGGAGACAGAGAGAGGGUGGGGCUUUUCCCCUUGUCUCUAGUGCCCUUUCUGGUGACCCUCGGUUCUUUUCCCCCAUCACGCCCCCAGCGGAGCCCAUCGUGGUGAGGCUUAAGGAGGUCCGACUGCAGAGGGACGACUUCGAGAUUCUGAAGGUGAUCGGACGCGGGGCGUUCAGCGAGGUAGCGGUAGUGAAGAUGAAGCAGACGGGCCAGGUGUAUGCCAUGAAGAUCAUGAACAAGUGGGACAUGCUGAAGAGGGGCGAGGUGUCGUGCUUCCGUGAGGAGAGGGACGUGUUGGUGAAUGGGGACCGGCGGUGGAUCACGCAGCUGCACUUCGCCUUCCAGGAUGAGAACUACCUGUACCUGGUCAUGGAGUAUUACGUGGGCGGGGACCUGCUGACACUGCUGAGCAAGUUUGGGGAGCGGAUUCCGGCCGAGAUGGCGCGCUUCUACCUGGCGGAGAUUGUCAUGGCCAUAGACUCCGUGCACAGGCUUGGCUACGUGCACAGGGACAUCAAACCCGACAACAUUCUGCUGGACCGCUGCGGCCACAUCCGCCUGGCCGACUUCGGCUCUUGCCUCAAGCUGCGGGCAGAUGGAACGGUGCGGUCGCUGGUGGCUGUGGGCACCCCAGACUACCUGUCCCCCGAGAUCCUGCAGGCUGUGGGCAGUGGGCCCGGGACAGGCAGCUACGGGCCCGAGUGUGACUGGUGGGCACUGGGUGUAUUCGCCUAUGAAAUGUUCUAUGGGCAGACGCCCUUCUACGCGGAUUCCACGGCGGAGACCUAUGGCAAGAUCGUCCACUACAAGGAGCACCUCUCUCUGCCGCUGGCGGAAGAAGGGGUCCCUGAGGAGGCUCGAGACUUCAUUCAGAGGCUGCUGUGUCCCCCGGAGACACGGCUGGGCCGGGGUGGAGCAGGCGACUUCCGGACACAUCCCUUCUUCUUUGGCCUCGACUGGGAUGGUCUCCGAGACAGCGUGCCCCCCUUUACGCCGGAUUUCGAAGGUGCCACCGACACAUGCAACUUCGACUUGGUGGAGGACGGGCUCACUGCCAUGGUGAGCGGGGGCGGGGAGACACUGUCGGACAUUCAAGAAGGUGCGCCGCUGGGGGUCCACCUGCCUUUCGUGGGCUACUCCUACUCCUGCAUGGCCCUCAGGGAUAGUGAGGUCCCAGGCCCCACACCCAUGGAACUGGAGGCCGAGCAGCUGCUUGAGCCACACGUGCAAGCGCCCAGCCUGGAGCCCUCGGUGUCCCCACAGGAUGAAACAGCUGAAGUGGCAGUUCCAGCGGCUAUCCCUGCGGUGGAGGCUGAGGCCGAGGUGACGCUGCGGGAGCUCCAGGAGGCCCUGGAGGAGGAGGUGCUCACCCGGCAGAGCUUGAGCCGGGAGAUGGAGGCCAUCCGCACGGACAACCAGAACUUCGCCAGUCAACUACGUGAGGCAGAGGCUCGGAACCGGGACCUAGAGGCACACGUCCGGCAGUUGCAGGAGCGGAUGGAGUUGCUGCAGGCAGAGGGAGCCACAGCUGUCACGGGGGUCCCCAGUCCCCGGGCCACGGAUCCACCUUCCCAUAUGGCCCCCCGGCCGUGGCUCUGGGCCAGUGCCCGCUGGUGGGGCCAGGCCCCAUGCACCGCCGCCACCUGCUGCUCCCUGCCAGGGUCCCUAGGCCUGGCCUAUCGGAGGCGCUUUUCCUGCUCCUCUUCGCCGUUGCUCUGUCUCGUGCCGCCGCCCUGGGCUGCGUUGGGUUGGUGGCCCACGCCGGCCAACUCACCGCAGUCUGGCGCCGCCCAGGAGCCGCCCGCGCUCCCUGAACCUUAGAACUGUCUUCGACUCCGGGGCCCCGUUGGAAGACUGAGCGUCCGGGGCACGGCACAGAAGCCGCGCCCACCGCCUGCCAGUUCACACCGCUCCUAGCGUGGGUCUCCGCCCAGCUCCAGUCCUGUGAUCCGGGCCCGCCCCCUAGCGGCCGGGGAGGGAGGGGCCGGGUCCGCGGCCGUGGAACGGGGCUCGAAGGGUCCUUGUAGCCAGGAAUGCUGCUGUUGGUGGGGGCAUCACAGACCACUUCUUUCUUUUGGCCAGGCUGAGGCCCUGACGUGGAUGGGCAAAUUGCAGGCCUGAGAAGGCAGCAAGCCGGGCCGUCCGUGUUCCAUCCUCCACGCACCCCCACCUAUUGUCGGUUCGCAAACUGCAAAUAUUUCUUGUGCAUGACGCCCUGCUCUGGGGAGCAUCUGGCGCGAUCUCUGCCAGCUUACUCGGGAAAUUUGCUUUUGCCAAACCCGCUUUUUCGGGGAUCCCGCGCCCCCCCUCCUCACUUGCGCUGCUCCCGGAGCCCCAGCCGGCUCCGCCCGCUUCGGCGGUUUGGAUAUUUAUUGACCUCGUCCUCCGACUCGCUGACAGGCUGCAGGACCCCCAACACCCCAAUCCACGUUUUGGAUGCACUGAGACCCCGACAUUCCUCGCUAUUUAUUGUCUGUCCCCACCUAGAGCCCCACCCCCGACCCUCGCGAAUAAAAGGCCCUCCAUCUGCCCAAA